CUCAGAGACAGACGAGCGCACGGACGGAGCAGGACGCACGCGCCUUUACGCAGAGCCUCAGACCCGAGGUGAACCAUGAGCUGCAGUUACAGUGUGAGUUUGGUGGGACCUGCUCCGUGGGGCUUCAGGCUUCAGGGGGGAAAAGACUUCUGCCUCCCCCUCACAGUGUCCAGGGUGAGCGACGGAGGGAAAGCCGCCAAAGCGAAGGUGAGCGUCGGAGACCUGAUCGUGUCGAUAAAUGGCGUUUCCACGGACGGGAUGACCCACCUGGAGGCUCAGAACAAGAUCAAGGCGUCCACAGACCAGCUCAGCCUCACCCUGCAGAAACUGUCCGCUGCCUCCACCAACGCCGCGCCAAAGGUCGAAGUUCAGGAGAUCAUUAAACCUGUGCCCAUCGCCCACGCCGCCCCGCCCGCCGCCGCCGCCACUAAGACCCCCGCACAGGCCGGCCCCGCGUGCAACCAGACGCCCCGCCCCUUCGGAGUCUCCUCCCGCAACGCCGCUUCCCCCAAAGUGGCCUCCAUCCCGUCGGAGUCGUCUGCGUUCACCCCGGCCGCCGCCUCCUCCUCCUCCUCCUCCUCCUCCUCCUCGCAGCCCGGCGUUUAUAACUCCCCCAUAAACCUGUACUCCAGCUCGAACGCCUGCGAGGUCACGGCGCCGAGGAGGAGCCCGCGGGACGGUCACGGCGUGUCCGAUCACGUCAAUGGGAAACCCGCAGAUCCCCAGAUGACCCAGGGUGGUUCUCCCGUGAGCGACGCCAGUAAAAAACGCCUCAUCGAGGACACGGAGGACUGGCACCCGCGGACGGGCACCUCGCAGUCUCGCUCCUUCAGGAUCCUGGCACAGAUGACGGGGACAGAGUCCGAGCAAACUCCAGAGACGAGUGGAAAGAAAGAAUCUGUCGACUCGUCUCUUCACGUUUCACCUGCAGCAAAAACAUUUUCCAAGACGGCUCCUUCUCCGAGGAACGGGAACGUCGCUCCUGCUCCGACCUUCAAGAGCCCCGGGCCCCACGCGGCCCCCGCAGCAGGUUUCUCAAAGACUGGCCCUGUUCCUUCUUUCGGCAAAGUGACCGGUCCAGGAGCCAAAGGUCCAGCCGGCCCCGCCCCGCAGCCGCACCCGCAGGACUCUCUGGUGCAGCGGGCCGAGCACAUGCCCGCCGCCGCCCGGACCCCCGUGUGCCACAAGUGCAACAACAUCAUCAGGGGGCCGUUCCUCGUGGCGCUGGGAAAGUCGUGGCACCCCGAGGAAUUCAACUGCGAUCACUGCCGCUCGUCGCUGGCGGAAAACGGGUUUGUGGAGGAAAAGGGCGGUUUGUACUGCGCCCACUGCUACGAGACGAUGUUCGCGCCGACGUGUUUCCAGUGUCAGCAGAAGAUCCUCGGGAAAAUCGUGAACGCUCUGAAGCAGACUUUCCACGCGUCGUGUUUCGUCUGCGUCGCCUGUCAUCAGCCAAUAGGGGGCAACGCUUUCCACAUGGAGGACGGACAACCGUACUGUGAACAAGAUUACUACUCUCUCUUCGGGAACAACUGCCACGGCUGCGACUUCCCCAUCGAGGCCGGGGACAAGUUCAUCGAGGCGCUGGGCUUCACGUGGCACGACACCUGCUUCGUCUGCACGGUGUGCUGCGCGUCACUCGAGGGCCAGCCGUUCUUCUCUAAAAAAGACAAGCCGUUAUGCAAGACCCACGCUCACUCCGUCAACAUCUGACCGUCUCCAGAGCGUCCUCCGAUCGCGCCGCCGCUCACACGACGGCGACUCGAGGUUUAACGACGCCAGUUUAGAAGGUUUCAGGACUCGUCUGCGCCUUCUCCACUGUUUUCUUUCAUUUUAAUGUGUUUAAAAAUGUUUGUGUGGGUUUUUACGGGGCUGGUUUUAGUUUAAAGUUUAAUUUAAGUGAAACGUUAACGAGCGUUUGGCGUCGUUAUUUAGAAUCAGAGAGUUUUAAAGUAGAACACGGGAGACGAUUUACCGAUUUUGCACAGUGACAUUUUGUAAAACACGUGCGUAGAUGUCGUUAAUAUAAAACUUUACUAAACAAAUCCCGCAAAAGUUCAAAUAUUAGAACUUUACUGACACUGUGUUCAAUUUAUCUUCUUCUGGACUUAGCGUUUCACGUCUGGGACUGAAUCUUAUGUUUGUGAGUCACAUUAUUAUUUAAUUUUCUGACAAAUAAAACUCUACAUUAAAGCAAAGUGUUCAGUUCAGUGCAGUGACAUGUCAGACUCAGGCCCACGGACCAAAUUUGGCCCUCGAUAUAAUUAUAUUUGGCCGUCACAUCAGAUCAGAUCAAAUACACAUGCACCUUUCAAACUACAAAUCCCAGAAUGCUUUGCUUCACUUCUGUUGACCUGUAUUUUUUUGCUCUUUGUCGCUUCACUCAAAUUUAAUCCACCUCUUCUGAAAAACAAGCAGAUUUUUCAAUAAAUAUUUAGUUUGGCCUUCGUCUUAGUCCUGUUUUUUAAUUUUGUCCCUCUGUGAGUUUGAGUUUGUCACCUUUGACCUCUAGUCCAUCAAGAACGCUCCGUAAACAUCAGAGUGAUCCACCUGUAGUCUUUGAAAAUGAGCUUUUUUUUUUAUAUCAAUGUGAUUUAAACAUCGACUUUACAUCAUCACAAAACAGAUCAAACUCAAACAUAAGAGUUUUUAUGUUAAAGUUAUUACAUUUUCCCCAAAACGACCCAUUUUACUUUUAUAAACUAAGUCAAACUUCAAAAUGAAACUGUAUUUUCUGUAUAUUUUCAAUAAAUGCAACAAAAAC